AUGACCACAUCCACGACUCAACCCGAGAUCUUCUCCAGAGAUCAUACUCUCAGCGAAGAGGAAGACACUCCUGACAUUGGCAUCGAGGACAUGCAGUCAGAAGAGCACGAGAGCGAGGAAGGCUUUGAGGAGGAGCCUCCCUACUCAGCCCAAGAGCUUGGAGAGAUGUUCACCGACUUCUACCGAUUUCUGGCCACUCUCCAUUACGACCCUCAAAACCUCAAGGUUCCUCCACCCGAAGGCUGGAACAUCACCGACCUGCCGCCAAGUGUUGUCGAAAAGAAGUCGGAACUCAUGGUCAAAGUUAUGCGCCAUCUCCCAUACUUCUCAAACGCGCGAAAGUCAACCCAGGUCGACUUGCAAUGCAUUUUGAUCGACUACAUAGACGCCGAGCAGCACGAACUAUGUCCUGGUCGCGAGGUAUGGCUGGCUACAACGAGCAAGGCGCAUGAGGUGUCAGCGAGGGAGGAGCGAGGCGGGCCGAUUACGGAGAAGGAAGUACGUGCACAGGAGGAGGACUGGGGCACGGAAUUGGAUGAGCUGUUCGUUAAGCAGAUGUGGAGGCAGUAUGGAUGGCCAGAAGCGUUCCGUAGAGAAGAGGCUGUCGAAGCGAUGGAAGCGUUCAUGGCUUUCCACACCAAGAGACGAUAUGGGUGGCAAGAAGCUCAUCAGUAA